UUCAAUAUGUUUCUUCACCUGUUACUUCUUGGACUUGUUUUUACCCUACACAUUCCUGCAUCCUCUGCUGCCAUUGACUCCAUUGCACCUGGCCAAGGACUUGUUUGCGGUGUCGGUGACAAGCUUGUCUCCCUAGAUGGCAAGUUUGCGCUUGGCUUCUUCCAACCAGGCAAGUUUUGACCACCCAACAAAUACUUUGCUCCCUGGUGCGAAGAUCGGCCGAGACAAGGUCACUGGUUUGACUCACCGUCUUGUUUCCAACAAGAACUUGAUUGACCGAGCUCAUGGCCGUUACUGUUAUGAGUUAGUUCCUAACAAGUUGAUCCUUACGCCUUUGAACUCAUCCAUAACAUACUGGUCUAGCGGGGAAUGGAAUGGACAGUAUUUUAGCUCCAUUCCGGAGAUGUUAAGCCGCGACUUGAUAGACUUCAAGUUUGUCAACAACACAAAUGAGGAGUACUUCACAUUCACCUUACUGAACGACACGAUGAUCAUGCAUCAUCUACUUGAUGUUUCUGGUCAAAUGAAGACUUUAAUAUGGGUUGAGGUCUCUCAGGAUUGGUCACAUUCCUACAUCAACCCCAAUGCUCAGUGUGAUGUCUAUGCUUUCUGUGGACCAUUCACUGUGUGCGAUGAUAACUCAGCUCCAUAUUGUAGCUGCAUGAAGGGCUUCUCCAUAAGAUCCCCAGAGGAUUGGGAGCAAAAUGAUAGAAACGGUGGAUGCGUUAGAAAUACUCCUUUAAAUUGUGGCAGUAACAGGAGUACUGCAGGAAUGACUGAUAAAUUCUACUCCUUGUCCAACGUGAAAUUGCCUCAGAAUGCUGACAACAUAGGCUCUGCUACCAGUGCUAGAGAAUGUGCAGAAGUUUGCCUGAGAAGUUGCUCUUGCACUGCAUAUUCUUGCACCGACAGUCGAUGCUCUAUUUGGCAUGAGGAACUCCUCAAUGUAAAACAACAGGAUGCUGACACUACGGACACAAAUGAUGGUGCAGUUCUUUAUCUUCGCCUUGCUGCAAAAGAGAUGCAAACUCAGAAACCUGGCAGAAGAGUGACCACUCGGAUUUUGGCAGUUACCAUUGUCACUGCCCUGGAGUUACUGGCACUCACAUUGCUAGUUCUUAUAUUGAUGAUUCGGAGGAACAAUAGGAGUUGGUCUGGUGGUACACUGAUAGAUCCUCAAGACGGUGGAAUUAUUGCAUUUAGAUACACUGAUUUGCAGUGGGCAACAAGAAAUUUCUCGGAGAAGCUAGGUCCCGGCGGCUUUGGUUCUGUGUUCAAGGCAUAUCUGUCUGACUCGGUUACAAUGGCAGUGAAAAGGCUUGAUGGUGCUUGUCAAGGAGAAAAACAAUUCAGGGCCGAGGUGACUACAGUCGGGGUUAUACAACAUAUCAAUUUAGUUAGACUGAUCGGUUUCUGCUGCGAGGGUGAACGAAGGUUACUUGCAUAUGAGUACAUGCCAAAUCGUUCUCUUGACAUCCAUCUAUUUCAGAAGAACAACACAGUUUUAAACUGGGGUACCAGGUUUAAAAUAGCUCUGGGAGUUGCUAGGGGUCUGGCUUACCUGCAUGAGAGCUGCCAAGACUUGAUCAUACAUUGUGAUAUCAAGCCACAAAAUAUACUCCUCGAUGCGUCGUUUGUUGCUAAAAUUGCUGACUUUGGUAUGGCCAAGUUAAUAGGGAGGGAUUUUAGCCGGGUUCUGACUACAGCAAGAGGAACCAUAGGAUACCUUGCACCCGAAUGGAUAAGUGGGGUUGCUAUCACAGCAAAAGUCGAUGUUUAUGGCUAUGGGAUGGUGCUAAUGGAAAUCAUAUCAGGAAGACCGAAUUCACUUGAACAAUACACUGCAGGUGGUGAUUGUGAUGUUUUCUUCCCUGUGCAUGCGGCACAUAUGCUUCUCGAGGGAGAUGUGGCAAGCUUGGUGGAUGGCAAAUUAUCUGGUGAUGUGAAUCUAGAGGAGGCUGAACGACUAUGCAAGGUUGCUUGUUGGUGCAUUCAGGAUGAUGAGUUUGAUCGGCCGACGAUGGGCGAAGUUGUUCGUAUUCUAGAGGGCCUAUCUGAUCUUGAUACGCCUCCUAUUCCAAGACUACUUCAGGUCAUUACAAGGAGGAGCUUGCACCCGCCAUCCACCUACUCCUACCUCUGUAAUGAAUCAGAAUAAUGGAGAUGCAGCAUGGCAUACAUAAGAAGCAAACAUCUAUCUAUAUGUGUAACGUAGUAAGAAAGUCUGAGAGGGAGCAAGAAGAAUGAUACCCAAUAGCUGUGUAAUUUAAGCUUUACUCUGUACCAGGUGUGUAAAUCAUCAGUCUAGUCAUUCUAAUCUUCCACAGAUAUGAAAUAAAAUUUGUCAGAAGUUCAGUGCAACCUCU